CGCCAGUACCUGGGGCGGUCGCGUCGCGCGAGCUCUCUGAGUGGUGCUGUCUCACCGGUGAGGCCGAGAAGCCGGCGAGUCCCGAGCUCAGUCGAACCUUCAGCCCUUGACCUCCCGCCACCAUGGAGUACCUCAUCGGCAUUCAGGGCUCUGACUAUGUCCUUGUCGCCUCUGACCGCGUGGCCGCUAGCAAUAUUGUCCAGAUGAAGGACGAUCACGACAAGAUGUUUGAGAUGAGUGAAAAAAUCUUACUCCUUUGUGUUGGAGAGGCUGGAGACACUGUACAAUUUGCAGAAUACAUUCAGAAAAAUGUACAACUUUAUAAAAUGCGAAAUGGGUAUGAAUUAUCUCCCACAGCAGCAGCUAAUUUUACACGCCGAAACCUGGCUGACUGUCUUCGGAGUCGGACCCCGUAUCAUGUCAACCUCCUGUUGGCUGGCUAUGAUGAGCAUGAGGGUCCCGCGCUCUACUACAUGGACUACCUGGCAGCCUUGGCCAAGGCCCCUUUCGCAGCCCACGGCUAUGGUGCCUACCUGACUCUCAGUAUCCUGGACCGAUACUACACACCAAAUAUCUCUCGUGAGAGUGCAGUGGAACUUCUUAGGAAAUGUCUAGAGGAGCUCCAGAAACGCUUCAUCCUUAAUCUGCCAGCCUUUAGUGUUCGGAUCAUUGACAGAAAUGGCAUCCAUGACCUGGACAACAUUUCCUUCCCUAAACAAGGUUCUUAACGACAUGCCCUCCCUUCCACUUGCCAGGGGAUUAUUUUUGAUGGGCUUCUUAAUUUUUUUCUACUCUUUUGAAGUGUACUCUUGAUAGAUGGUUAAUUCAGAAUAAAUCUGAAUAUGACUAAA